GGGAGGGUAGUGGGUUGGUGGGUUCCUUUGUCCUCUCCAGGUUCCUCUGCAGCUGUGAGAACAUCCCCUUCCUAUGAGUCCUAGUGGUGCCUCUCCACCCAGCCUGGGAUCCCAGCCCUUAGAGAGCAGGCUUCAUGAUGGAGGACGCUGGGGGUGGGGAGCUCUGAAUCUGGGGCUAGAGACUGGAGUCAGGGGCAGCAGAAGGGACUGGGAACCCCAUUUCCCUGCCCCCCCCCACUCCCCAUGCUCCUGUUCCAGAGGCAGCUGUGUGGAUGACCUCAUCCCGCAAACAUGCUUUGUUCCUGAGAAAAUGGAAAGUGUCUGAGGUUUGGUGGGGGCUGGGUGUCUGCAGCAGCAACCCUCAGGGCUCCCCCCGUGCCUGACUCCCCACCCAAGAGGGGGCCUGAUUGGGGAGAAAAUGUCUUCUGUGGCUCCCACUCUCUCACCCUCCACACCGCCUACCCCAAACCCUCAGAAACCGGAAAAGCCGGGGAGAGGCUGUUUCUCCCAGAGGCAGGGGGAGGGAAAUAAUGACCCAGGCGAUUGGAAAGAUGGGCCAGGAGUGAUGCCUGGAGGGGCAUGCUGCGUAAUCCCUGUCUUUAGUUCCCCUCUCCCUCCCCAGGCAUCUCAUCUCGGUUCCCUUUUCUCACCCCUGUGGCUGGCCAGACCCGACAUCUGGCCAUUGUCGUGCUGCCACAGCUGCUGUGCAGGCCAAGGCUGGUGUGACCAGAGACCCAGCAGGGGCUGCAGGGGGCUGAGGGCAGAGGGUCCAGCUGGGGAAGCUUGGCUGUGUCCAGCUUGCAGGACUUCCUUCCUGCUUAAACCUAGCCUGAGCCUCUGAAGUCCUUGCUUGGGCUGACUCUCCCAGACAGACGGACGGAUGGAGGCCCGAGGUGACUUCCAUCUCCACCAUUCAGGGCCCAACAUCCCUCUAACAUUCCACUGGCUCCUGGACCCGGAGAGGGCAGACAGCCCAUUCACAUCCCUAAGCUCCUCAUUCCGAGCUCUGGGUAGAGGUUCCUUUUUCCAUAUCCCUCGGGCCCCUUCCUGGGAGUCAGGAGAGGGUGGGAGUGCUGUUCCUUCGGGAUAGAGAGUGGGGUGGCUCCCUGCCCCGGCUCUUGUCCCCUUGGGGACAGUAGGGACAGUGGAAGCUAAACUCAGGCUGGGGCAGGAAAUGAGUCACUGACCCAGGAAAAGCCCCCUCCCCCCAGAUCUGCCAGGGCCCAGAUAAGAAAACAACUUCUGCUUCCUGAUUUUUUCCUGACCCCUUCUCUCCCGCCCCACAUGCUGUUAAAUACAGAAAUAAACAUGCAGGACUCCUGGGUUUCCAGAAGCACCCCCUUCUUCAUCGCCCGCUGUUCGGACCUGGCAUUUCUUAGGCCUGGUCUCUUGCUCUUUCUUUUAAUGCAAAGAGCUUUUGCAAGGGGCUAAGCCACAGCCCCUCUGGGUGAUGCGUGCCCCACCUUUGGCGCCUGGCAGGGCUCACUCACAGCCACCAUGAGCGAGGCCUUUGACUGUGCAAAAUGCAGCGAGUCCCUGUAUGGCCGCAAAUACAUCCAGACGGACAACGGCCCCUACUGUGUGCCCUGCUAUGACAGCACCUUCGCCAACACCUGUGCCGAGUGCCAGCAGCUUAUCGGGCAUGACUCCAGGGAGCUGUUCUAUGAAGACCGCCACUUCCACGAGGGCUGCUUCCGCUGCUGCCGCUGCCAGCGCUCCCUGGCCGACGAGCCCUUCACCUGCCAGGACAGCGAGCUGCUCUGCAAUGACUGCUACUGCAGCGCCUUCUCGUCGCAGUGCUCGGCCUGCGGCGAGACUGUCAUGCCCGGGUCCCGGAAGCUGGAAUACGGAGGCCAGACAUGGCAUGAGCACUGCUUCCUGUGCAGCGGCUGUGAACAGCCGCUGGGCUCCCGUUCCUUUGUGCCCGACAAGGGCGCUCACUACUGCGUGCCCUGCUAUGAGAACAAGUUCGCUCCUCGCUGCGCCCGCUGCAGCAAGACGCUGACACAAGGUGGCGUGACCUACCGUGACCAGCCCUGGCAUCGAGAAUGCCUAGUCUGCACAGGGUGCCAGACGCCCCUAGCAGGGCAGCAGUUCACCUCCCGGGAUGAUGAUCCCUACUGUGUGGCCUGUUUUGGAGAACUCUUUGCACCCAAGUGCAGCAGCUGCAAGCGCCCCAUCACAGGACUUGGUGGAGGCAAGUAUGUGUCCUUUGAAGACCGCCACUGGCACCACAGCUGCUUCUCCUGCGCCCGCUGCUCUACCUCCCUGGUGGGCCAAGGCUUCGUGCCGGACGGAGACCAAGUGCUGUGUCAGGGCUGCAGCCAGGCAGGGCCCUGAGCCAGGACUCCUGGGCCCAGGGCCUCCCAAACCAGGGCUCCAGGACUGAGGCUCCUUCUCCACACCACCUUUGGGACCCAGCCCCUCCCCAAACUGGGGCUCCUCCUGGGCUCCAGGAGUCAGCUUCCCUGCUCUUGCAUCCCCAAACCGGUACUCCCUGACCCAGGGCCCCCCAACCUGGAUCCUUAUGGAGCCUCCAUGAUUCAAGCCUGGACUCCAGAAUUCAGCCCUCUCCUCACGGUUUGGGUCCCAGACCAGGCCCUCUCCCCAAAUCAAGGUUCUAGACCCAACCCUCCAAACUGGACGCUGGGACCCAGGCCCCCUUCAAUCUAGACUUCUUUCCAGAGACUUUAGGUCUUCUGUGGGUGCCUCAAAAGUGGACUCUCCUCAGGCUUGAUCCUCCCCACCCCCAUCCCACCCUAUCCCCGGGGCUGGGGCUCUCUGGGCCGCGAAUCAGGGGUUCACUGUUUAAGGGGAUCCUAGAGCACAGGGUUUUGCCCAGUCUGUGUCUGUCGAGUGUUUUCUCAUUUCAUUUGAGCUCCAUUUUUGCCCAGAGAUGGGCAGAGGGGUGGGAUUGGUUCACCCCCCCCUUCCAGAUUCUGCAAUAAAGCAGUGUGAGGAAGCGAA